GCCUGCGCCGCGGGCCCGAGUAGUGGGCGCGGGGCGGCCCGCUCGGCUCCUCCGCACCCGCUCCGCGCUCGGGCCGAGGCGCCGCGGCCGCGCGCCCCUCCUGGAGGAGGAGGAGGAAGGAGGCGGGAGGAGGAGUUGCCGAGAGGAGAAGGCGAGCGCGGCAGUCGCGCCGGCGCUGGGCGAGGAAGCGGAGCCGGGCCGCCUCCGGAAUCCACAAAAAUUAGCCGGGUGUGGUGGCACACACCUGUAAUGCCAGCUACUCGGGAGGCUGAGGCAGGAGAAUCGCUUGAACCCGGGAGUCAGAGGUUGCAGUGAGCUGAGAUGGCACCACCACACUCCAGCCUGGGUGACAGAAAAAUGGCUCCAAAGGUUAAAUGAAGCAGGAAAAAUACAUAGAUGCAGCCUUGCAGCCUCUCCAGAUGUUUGGGGAUAAUAUUCCAGAUAGAAAUAUUGAUCCCUUGGAUUAGGUAACUAGGCAUAAUGAAGAAAAUUAGUCUUAAAACCUUACGGAAAUCUUUUAACUUGAAUAAAAGUAAAGAAGAAACUGAUUUCAUGGUAGUACAACAACCAUCGCUAGCCAGUGACUUUGGAAAAGAUGAUUCCUUAUUUGGUAGCUGCUAUGGUAAAGAUAUGGCCAGCUGCGAUAUCAACGGUGAAGAUGAAAAAGGCGGAAAAAACAGAUCAAAAAGCGAGAGCCUGAUGGGUACGCUAAAAAGGCGGCUUUCUGCAAAACAGAAGUCAAAAGGCAAGGCGGGCACACCCUCUGGGAGCUCCGCCGACGAGGACACCUUCUCCUCCUCCUCAGCACCCAUAGUCUUUAAAGACGUGAGAGCUCAGAGGCCGAUAAGGUCCACCUCGCUCCGCAGCCAUCACUACAGUCCCACGCCGUGGCCUCUGCGGCCCACAAACUCCGAGGAGACCUGCAUCAAGAUGGAGGUGAGAGUCAAGGCCUUGGUUCACUCUUCCAGCCCGAGUCCAGCCCUGAAUGGCGUCCGGAAGGAUUUCCACGACCUCCAGUCUGAGACCACGUGCCAGGAGCAAGCCAAUUCACUGAAGAGCUCGGCUUCUCAUAAUGGAGACCUGCAUCUUCACCUGGAUGAACAUGUGCCUGUCGUUAUUGGACUUAUGCCUCAGGACUACAUUCAGUAUACUGUGCCUUUAGAUGAGGGGAUGUAUCCUUUGGAAGGAUCACGGAGCUAUUGUCUGGACAGCUCUUCUCCCAUGGAAGUCUCUGCGGUUCCUCCUCAAGUGGGAGGGCGCGCUUUCCCCGAGGAUGAGAGUCAGGUAGACCAGGACCUAGUUGUCGCCCCAGAGAUCUUCGUGGAUCAGUCCGUGAAUGGCUUGUUGAUUGGCACCACGGGAGUCAUGUUGCAGAGCCCGAGAGCGGGUCACGAUGAUGUCCCUCCACUCUCACCAUUGCUACCUCCAAUGCAGAAUAAUCAAAUCCAAAGGAACUUCAGUGGACUCACUGGCACAGAAGCCCACGUGGCUGAAAGUAUGCGCUGUCAUUUGAAUUUUGAUCCGAACUCUGCUCCUGGGGUUGCAAGAGUUUAUGACUCAGUGCAAAGUAGUGGUCCCAUGGUUGUAACAAGCCUUACAGAGGAGCUGAAAAAACUUGCAAAGCAAGGAUGGUACUGGGGACCAAUCACACGUUGGGAGGCAGAAGGGAAGCUAGCAAACGUGCCAGAUGGUUCUUUUCUUGUUCGGGACAGUUCUGACGACCGUUACCUUUUAAGCUUGAGCUUUCGCUCCCAUGGUAAAACACUUCACACUAGAAUUGAGCACUCAAAUGGUAGGUUUAGCUUUUAUGAACAGCCAGAUGUGGAAGGACAUACGUCCAUAGUUGAUCUAAUUGAGCAUUCAAUCAGGGACUCUGAAAAUGGAGCUUUUUGUUAUUCAAGGUCUCGGCUGCCUGGAUCUGCAACUUACCCCGUCAGACUGACCAACCCAGUGUCCCGGUUCAUGCAGGUGCGCUCGUUGCAGUACCUGUGUCGUUUUGUUAUACGUCAGUAUACCAGAAUAGACUUAAUUCAGAAACUGCCUUUGCCAAACAAAAUGAAGGAUUAUUUACAGGAGAAGCACUACUGAAAGAUUGAGAACCCUGCAUCUUGCACUUUGGGAAUAAGAACAAGAGAUUGAAAUACAGUUUACAAACUUUCAUUGCCAUCAAAAUCUUUUGCUGCCAUAACUAUUUCAGUUUUAUGUGUAAAAGAGUCAUCAGUUUGUUUAGGGGUGGGGAAGUGUCAGCAAGGUGUCUUGGGUUUAUUUUGGUUCUUUAAAAAAGGGAAGUCUUGAGGUUUUAGAGGUGUGAAUUAUGUUUCAUCAAUGUGCAGAAUAAUCACAAUGUGAAUUAUCAAAUUCUCCUCAAUGCCCCCCCCCCGCCCAGUCCUUUGCUGCUAUCCACUGUGAUUUUUAUGCAUUAAAAGCACAUUUCAUGUGUAUUCAACCCUAAGUAAAGUUGAAUGAAACUUAACAGAAUGGAAAUUGCUAUGUCUUUUUAAAUGGUCCAUUUUCAAAAGACAGUGUUGAAUAAACAUACCUGUGUGAUAAAACACAGAAUUUACAUAUACACUGAAGAUGAGUUUUUAAUCUCUUACUUUAAAAAGAUUUAUUUAGAAUCGUGAAUUGACAUAAUCUUGGGUAAUGGAACGGAGAUCUGCAACAUAUCUUUUAACAACACUUUUUUCUAAAUUAUUUCUAAGGUUGUGCUAAUUCUUUCGGUUGUGAAAAGUUGAAUUUUUCUGUUGCCUUCGUUUUCAUCUUCUAGUUUGUCUAUUUUAAUAAAUGGCCUUACAUUUAAAAAUUGUAAAGAAAUGUAUACCACCAAUUUAGAAAUUAUUGCCUUUUCUGUAAUUAAACUCGGAUACAAAUUGGCAUAACAUGAAAACCUAUGGAACUAGAAUUAUUAUUAAAGAAAUAUUAGAUGAUCAUAGCUUCCUGUGAUAGCAUUUUUUUGUGUGUUACCUAUCCUUUUGGUAAAAUGUUUUAUCUGUGAUUUCUUUAGCUUAGUCAACAUUUUCUUGGGUAAACUUGAUUGUCAACUAAUUUUCAUAAAUGGACUGGAUUCUCUUGCAACAUUAAUGUUUAUAAAAAGUUUUAAAUUGAUUUGAAUAGAAAGAAAACAUUGUUUUAAAGUUGGAUUUAUAUUUUUCUUCUAUGUAGUUACUAUAAAAGUGUGCUGGAUUUGACCAAUCCUUACCCCCACUAUAAAGAGAACCCGUGAUGACUUUAGUUUAAAAAUUGUGGAAAUUGUGAAGCAAUUCUUCUCACAAUGUGAGAAAAAUUCUAAACCAUAUUAGAUAAUGUGGAAGUCAUAUUGUCUAUCAUAUAUACUGCCAUUUAAAAAUAGGUUUUUAAAAUUUAGCUAAGUCUUAAGUAAUUUGCCGUUGCUAAUAAUUUUAUCUCCUUGAGUCGGUUGUUGGGGAGGGAUGUUAUAUUCAAUAAUUUUUAGUUAUUUUGAAAUGCAGAGUGUUUAUUCAUUUCACAGUUCUGCAGUGGAUGUAGUAUUUUGGGAUUGCCCUGUCCAGAAAAUUUUCAGCUACACACCUUUAAAGGAAAAUGUUUCUAUCUCAGAUGAAACAUGUAAUUUGGGAUGGUUCUUCCUUUGUCACUUAAAGGAAGAGAUAGGAAAAGUCUCUUACCCACUUUAAACAUGAGGGUAAAGGUUUAGGUCAAACUUACUGGCUUUGUCAUUCAAGCAUAUCUGAAUCCUCACUUUUUUCUCUUUGUUUUUUAGGGUCAGAACUGAGAUAUUACCAAGAAAAGGCACAAUGCCAUAAUAUUAUGGUGUUAUGGUAUUUUGACUUAAAGGGGAAAAGGUACUUAAUUUUGGUGGGAUGUUGAUUGUACCUUGUUACAAAGACUCUCAUUUUCUCAUAUGUUUUCUCCUAAUAAGAUGGAAUAUGGAGUAUACUGUAGUAAUAUAAGUGUUCAUUAUAAGCUAUUUGGAUUAAGAACUAUUGCAGAGUUGUAAGCUUGUUAUCAAAUUAAUGCAAGACAUUUAAACUAUUUUUUUGCAAAACUAUUUAUUUUUAAAACAACUUAAAGUAUAUCUAGGGUGAGUUAAAAGUCCCUGUGCAUCUAUAUUAGAUGGCAGGUUUUGUCACAGAGUCACUGUGUAUUAAUAAUAAAUGUUGAAAUGGCUUCUCUGUGUCUCCAGAAGCAUUUACAUGUCCUCCUUGUGAGAUCAUGGUGCACAGAGGUCUUUGGACUGCCCUGAACCCGUCUUAUGUGGACAUAACCUAUUCCCUUCGUUUUCUCAUCAUGCCAUGUGUUUAAGAUCUACCCGCUUAGUGUCAAGAUUAUUGAGAUUUUCAUCUAAAUGUUUUUAAAAUUGUAUUUUGUGUUUUAGUGGAGGACAGUCUUGAUACUGUUCUAAUUCAGAAAGCCAAAUUUUGAUGCGCUUUUGUAUAUUCAUAAUAUAUACUUUAAUAUGCCCUAUUCUAAUCUAGUUUGAAAUUGUUAGAUUCUGAUAGUAUAAUGAUAAAAUCAAACUAUUUGCCAAAAAGUUAAAUUUACAAGCAGAAAGAUGUUUUGCGAUAUUUUCUACUUUUGUGUAGAAAGAUAACCAUUUGGGGUAGGCAGCACAACAGAAUGUGAAAGAUUGGCUUUAUAUGAUACUAACACAGUCCAGUUAAAAGUGGAAACAGGGAAAAGAGAGAGAGAAAACUCAUCAUUUAGUUUGGUCUAGACACAAUUUGGUUAAAUUUUAGGAUUCUAUUGGCAGUUAACAUAGAUGACAUGGACACAGCCUAUGAGUGCUUUUUAAAUACGUGCUUCUAAAAAUCUGAGCUCAAAGCAAGAAAAAGAAAACAGGAAAGCUGUAUCCAUUUGCCAUAAUAGAUGAAUCAGAAUUGUUUUCUAUUAAAUAUUUCAUCACGAAAUAUGAUGGAGGCCAGAAGCUAUUUUUAGGCUUACUAUAACACUAUUAUGCAUUUUUAUAAAUAAGAAGAAGGCUGUAGAAAGUACUUGAAAAAUAUCUAAUUCUCUGUCUAAGGAAAACUCUUUCUACUUGGUGCAAUAAUCUGAAAAUUUAGAAGGUCAAAAUAUGUCACAGGAAAUGAUCAUAGAACUAAAAAUAGUUUUUAAGGAAACCAGCUACACGGGGCAACCAACCAUCUUGCUGUUGAAGAAAACAGUUCCAAAAGGCUAAAUCAUUGGCAUAAAGGAAACAAAACCCAAAGUAUGCGUUGUAAUUCUUGAGCCAGUAUUACUGAAACAGGAUAAAAGUUAUAAAAUCUAACAUAGGUUAAUGCAAUGUCUCUGCUAGUGCUACGAGUCUAAAAUAUCUUUGUAACAAUGCUUUCAGAAAUGCCAGUUUUAAUUACAUUUCACAUUGUAUAUGAGAGAUACUGCUUUAUGAAUGAAUCGGAAUAAUACAUUUUCAUUUAAAUCUUAAUUGCUUUUCAUUAAAUGCGAAGUCUUAAUUUCAAAAUGAAAUCACACUACCAGCAAUAGACAGUUUUCUUGAAAACUCUAAUAAGGAACAAUAGCCAGUUCCGUAAAUAACUUUAAAAUUCUAAAAGUGUUGGUACACUAGCAAUCACAAAUAUGGUUUCUUUUAAUACUUUUUUAAUCCUGUAAAGAAGGGUUUUUAUAAACAUUCUUUUUAUUAAUCAGUCAUAACAUGGCGAAGUGUGUAGUUGCUGUUUCUGAAAAGUGAUCCAAACUCUACAUCCAGAGAUUAUGAAAAAUUCUUAUAGAAUUUUGUAACAAGUAUCUACAUGUUGGGUGAAAGAAAUUUCAUAGUCGUUGGAGUGCCAUGAAAUUAAUACUUGCAAUUCAGAUUGCGGUAGUUUACACUUUUUCUGUAUGUUUCAAAUCAGGUGUGUACCAUUUGUACUGAGAACACCACAGAAUGAAUUAUCCAAAGUCCAUUGAUUUUAAUACGUGUUUUGGUUUGUAAACAAAUUAUAGUAAUUUCUUGCACAUUUUUGGAAAUUAAUUGUAUAAGAAUUUAUGUAUCUGCUUCUAGAUACAGUGUGUAAAUAAAAAAUUUCGUUCACAAGA